AUGGAGAUAACAGAGGCAUCGUGGCCGACGAUUGGUGUCGCACUGGUCGCUCUUGCAGCAAUUGGCCUUCUGGUGAUAUUCAUUACCCUCCACAUCGUUGCGCCCAAGCCCCGCGCCGUACUUCCCUCAGAGAAGAUCUACCUGACCUCCUCCGCCUCCGGCAAGCCAGUCAAGGCUACCGCGCCGUGCUGGUUCGACCGCUGGUUCGCCGAGCGCCGCGUUUCCGAGGCCAAUGCCCACCUCACCGAUCCCCGCGACGUUCCAGACUCCGGCGCGACCAUCGACCCCGCCGACGUGCGCCUCACCGUCGUCCUCCCAGCCUACAACGAGGCAGCCCGCAUCCUACCCACCCUCGAGGAGGCCGUCGCCUACCUCGACGCCAACUUCGGCCGGCCCUCCUCCGACAACAAGCCCCUCCUCAGCCCGACGAACUUGCGCCGCCGUACGAAGAACCCGCCUUCCGAAGCCCUCUCCGGCUACGAGAUCAUCAUUGUCGACGACGGCAGCAAGGACAGUACCGUGGACGUCUGCCUCGACUUCGCCCAGAAGAACAACCUGCACGAUGUCCUCCGCGUGGUCAAGCUCGAGCGCAACCGCGGCAAGGGCGGUGCCGUCACUCACGGCUUCCGCCACGCCCGCGGAGAGUACGUGCUCUUCGCCGACGCCGACGGCGCCACCAAGUUCAGCGACCUGGGCCGUCUGAUCCAGGGCUGCGAGGAAGUUGUCGACGGUUCCCACCGCGGCGUUGCUAUUGGCAGUCGUGCGCAUCUGGUCGGCAGCGAGGCUGUUGUAAAGCGCUCUGCACUCCGAAACUUCCUGAUGCGCUCCUUCCACCUUGUCCUCAUGAUCCUCACCCCGCCCGCCACCUCGCGCCUCCGCGACACCCAGUGCGGCUUCAAGCUCUUCACCCGCGCCGCCCUCCCGCAUAUCGUCCCCUACAUGCACACCGAGGGCUGGAUCUUCGACAUUGAGAUGCUGCUCCUCGCCGAGUCGGCGCCUCCUUCGCCGGUUCUCGGAGAAGACGGCAGUGUUAUUGGCACCAGCCCCGGCAUCCGUGUGGCGGAGGUGCCCGUCGACUGGCACGAGGUCCCAGGAUCCAAGCUCAGCGUCAUCUCGGACAGCAUCAAAAUGGCUAUUGGUCUCGCUGUCCUCAGAGGUAGCUGGAUGAUGGGCGUCUACCGUCGGAGGUUGACGUAA